AUGAUGUGGGGAAACUGGACAAUUGUCAGUGAGUUUGUCCUUGUGAGUUUUUCAACCUUAUCCUCUGAGCUACAAGCUCUACUAUUUCUCCUUUUUUUGACUGUUUACCUGCUUACUCUAAUGGGCAAUAUUCUCAUCAUCCUGGUCACUACAGCUGACUCUGCUCUACAAAAUCCUAUGUACUUCUUCCUCAGGAACUUGUCCUUCCUGGAGAUAGGCUUCAACUUGGUCAUUGUGCCCAAGAUGCUGGGGACUCUGAUCAUCCAAGACACAACCAUAUCCUUCCUUGGCUGUGCCUCUCAGAUGUAUUUCUUUUUCUUCUUUGGGGCUGCUGAGUGUUGCCUCCUGGCCACAAUGGCAUAUGACCGCUAUGUGGCCAUCUGUGACCCUUUGCGCUACCCAAUCAUUAUGAGCCGCAAAGCCUGUGCCCAGCUAGCAGCUGCCUCUUGGUUCUCAGGGUUUCCAGUGGCCACCGUGCAAACCACAUGGAUUUUCAGCUUCCCUUUUUGUGGCCCCAACAGAGUGAACCACUUCUUUUGUGACAGCCCCCCUGUCAUUGCACUGGUCUGUGCUGAUACCUCUCUGUUUGAACUGGAGGCUCUGACGGCCACUGUCUUAUUCAUCCUCUUUCCUUUCUUGCUGAUCCUGGGAUCCUAUGUCCGCAUUCUUUCCACUAUCUUCAGGAUGCCCUCAGCUGAGGGGAAACGCAAGGCCUUCUCCACCUGUUCCUCCCACCUUCUGGUUGUGUCCCUCUUCUACAGCACUGCCAUCCUCACAUACUUCCGACCCCGGUCCAGCACCUCUCCUGAGAGCAAGAAGUUGUUGUCGCUCUCCUACACAGUAGUGACUCCCCUGUUGAACCCCAUCAUCUACAGCUUAAGGAACAGUGAAGUGAAGUCUGCACUGAGGCGAGUCAUCCGCAGGACCCUGGGCCCUCAGAAACUAUGA